AAUUGAUACAAAAUUGACUGAACGCGUUGUUAGAGUUCCUCGGAAAACUUCGUAUUAUGCAAUAUUUAAAGUGAUAAAACAGCAAUGGAACAGGAAGUCUCCAACUUCAAAUCCAUUAGGGCAAAGUUCCAAGAGGAGAUCCAAGCAAGAAACCGACCAUUGGUUCCUGAGAAACCCAAACGCCCCCCAACAGCAUCUGAAGGCCGCUCUGGUCCAUUGUCCACCAUGAGCUCCAGCUCAGCUGUGGACACCAAGACCCCUAGUCUUGCUCAUGUCAUUUUCAGAAAUGGAGAAGACCAGAAAGCACCCUUAGGAAAACACCCUGUUUCGUUCCCCAGCUUUCCUUACACAACUCAUGAACUCCAUCGAUCUGGAGAUGGGGGGAACCGGCAGUCGCUUAAAGUCCGGCAUCUGCCACUCGUGUUGCCAUUUUCAAAUGAGCUAAAGCAUGAUUCUGCUACUUCUUCGUCAAAGGGAAUCACCUCACCUCUCAAGUGCAUCAAGAAACCCAUGCCUGCACCAUUCAAACCUACCAUCAUUUCAAUGUUUAGCAAAGAGAUUGGAAGAAAUGGUGGAGAGCAUAUGAAACGCAGUAACUUUCAGGGAGUAGAAUCCACCAUAAAGGCUGUGAAUACAGAAGCUGGAGAGAUCCACCAGGCUAGGGUAUCAGAUCCUGGAUCGUCGAGUCACAGUCCAGAGCAUCCAUCUUCAUCUUCUCCAAGCGAAUCGCUGACGGAUUCAUCUCCUGGUAGUGUUACGCAGUUCUUUGACCAGCACGUCCUGAGCACACUCGAGAAAGCCAAGAGGAAGCUUUCCCACAAGAACCUGCUGAUGUGUGGUCGACCAAAGGGGUUCUACUAUAGUAAGUUUAUAGUACCCUCUGAGAGUCCUCCAUCUUCUACUGAAUCUGAGAACCCAGAGACAGUGUUACCUUUCCAGCCAGGAUAUUCCAUCUAUGGUGUACCUGUCUAUGCCUCCACUUCUCCAUUGAAGAUCAAUGGAGCAUCACGCAGUGCUAUCAUUGGUAUGGAGCUAAAUGGAGUCACGCAGCCUGAAAGGGAAUGUUCUCGAGCACGCAAACCUCUUCCUGACCUCACAUCCUUGGGGCCUCAGCCCAUAAAACCCAAUCGACCUCCACUUGUGGAUCUCAGCAGAUAUAAAACUCGAGCCCAUGUCAUUGAUUCAAGUGAAACACUUCCUGUUGAAUUUGUACCGGAGUCUGAGAUUUUUGCUGUCAGUAAUGCACCACUUCAGAAUACAACUGUGCCGCCCCCUGAAUUUCCAGAUUUUGACAUUCCUGUACCAGGAGACACAGUCAGCAGCGCCAUAAAUAUAGCAGCCCUGGAAUUAGAGGCGACUGAAUUUCCUGAGUCUGACUCCUUGCCUCCAUUUCCUGUGCCAGAUGAAGACAGUAGUUUGGACUUUCAGGCUGUGGUCAUACGGUCAAAAGAGGGUCUCGCUGGAUCUGUAGAGUCGUCGAGAAGUGUAGAGAUUAUGACGUCCCUACAGUCAGUCGUUCCUCCAGAACCAGUGACCUCUGAAGUCCAAAUGAAUGGAUCACACACUGCUUUCAACUUGAGCACUGAACACCAACUUCCAUCUGAACCAACUUCUCAGCCAGGACAUUUACAUGAGAGCUGUGACAAUGUCUAUGAGGAUGUGGAAACAGUCCCCAAAUUCCCUUUUUCCCAAAACUCCAAGAAACGCAAAGGACCUCCAAAAAAUCCAUAUGUUGAUAGCAGCCAUGUGAAAGAAGAGACACGGAGGCAUAUAUGGCACGUCACUCAAUGGUCUAGUGUGACUGAAGAUCAAAAUGGGCAGACACAGCAUGACAGAAAGGAGCAGCAGAGCCCUGAUCUCCACGAUGAGAAAGAGCAGAAAAAGAAAGAGAAACACCGUCUGGAGAGAGAGAAGAAAGAACAGAAAGAGAAGGAGAAAAAGAGAAAUGAGAUGCAAAAGAAAUUUAAAAUCACUGGACUGGAGGAGCCCAUGUAUCACGCCAGAGUGCUGGUGGCCAGCAAACUCCGCAAACACGACCUGCCCGUCAAGAGCGGAGACGUCAUUAGUAUCAUACGAACCAUCAACUGCCCCAAAGGCAAAUGGCUUGCCAGGGAUGCCAACAACAAAUAUGGCUACAUAUCUGUGAUGAAUGUGGAGUUGAACAUUAAAGAGAUGCUGGAGCUCGGAAAGAGGGUAUCGCAGGCUGCCGGACGAGGUCAAACUGAUGGAGAUAACAUCAGCUUCAGUAGCAGGUCCUCUCAUCAGAAUCCCAUAUUCACAAGCAGCUUCACCGAUGACAGUGAGGAAUGGACAUGUGAUGAAGAAACAUUGUCGCCAUCUGCUGACAAUUUGAGUCAGAACAGGGCUGUGUCUAUGCCUGACAUGUUUUACAGUAACUCCUCUGCUCAUUAUACUGUCAGUGAUGGCAGUAUCGAGGAUGUCCACACACAACACGAAGCUCUGCAGAAAUUAGCUGUCUUCUUCCAGAAUACAAACGAACACAUCACAGAAAAUGAAUCGUCUCUCCCGAACACCGAUGAUCCAAGUUUUCUGAGUGCUGUGGAUGAGCCCCCAUACUUAGAGGCAGAAGACUUCCAGUUUGCAGACAUUGAUCUGCUGCCACCGCCUGAGCUGUACGCUGACUCUCUGUGAGUGUUUGUGAAACAGACCUCUGUUACUGAGAAAUUCACAGCAAACAGUUCUUCAGUAGGUGGUUACUAAAAAGCAACUAUGUAGCACUUGACUUUUUUUAUUGAAAGGAGUCAAAUUAGACUUAAUUUGCACAUACAGGGGACAUAAUUCUCUUGGUUUUGCAAAGUUUAUGCACUGAUGCUAAGAAAAAAAAAAAAAGUACUUUGUGACAUUUUGAUGAAGGUGAAAUUUCAAGUUUAAAACCAAGUUUGCAUUGUGAGGAAGGAGGGGUAGAUUGAGGACGGACAAGUCCAGCUAUGGGUAAAGAAUUCAAAUUAAACCGGGAUAAGGCACUUUUUCUAUGAAUUAUUAAAUGGUAAAACUUAAAACAUUUAGUGACUUGAAAGUAAAUCUGUAUUGUCUCUAAAAUCCACCUUGGAUGAGCUAAUUUUGCUUUUUUUGAGUCAUUGUAUGGGAACUUAAGAAGUUGGUGGUUUGAUUUGCAUGUGUUUUAAUUCUUUAAAACAUGACUGGUGAAGGUUAAUAUGCAAUAAAAUGAUCAGUAAACAGCAGUGAUUCUGACUUGCUGGUGAUUUGAGACUUAAUAAUGUCUAAACACCGUUUUACCAUGUCAAUGAUAUAAUGCAGGCCUGACAAGGGGUUAUUUUUUACCCAAUUUUCAGCCACCAGAGGACACUGUUGGAGUAUUUUAUGAAGGGUUGUAUCAAACUGAUGCUCACAAA